GGAUUAACGAGAGAUCACGUUCUGGAGUUUUUGUGGUUGAUUUUCGACGAGAUUUCAAUUCCAAUUCCGAUUUCGAUUUCGAGACUUUCGAGUUGCACCAUAAGUUUUGGAGUGUGUUUGUGUGCAUGCGAUCACUAUCCCAAUUGGGAGCAGCUCUCAAUUCCCGAUUCCAAAUUGAAUUUUCCCUGGGAAGAGUUAUAUGUGAUCAGAUACCCCAUUGGAACUACCAAGCAGCAGCACUUGUACAGCUUCUGAUAAGAAGCUGCGCCGAUCAACCUGUUCCAAUUGAACGAGUGUGUUUGUGCAAAAAUUUGCUAGAAUUUGUUAGCCAUAAAUGGCCACAAACCGCCACAAAAGUCAAUAAACCCCAGCCCACAUCCACAUCAAAAAUGUUCGAUCCGGGCGUUGAGAAUGGCGAAAAUCAAUCGAAAGCAAAAUUCCAUAAGUGGCGGACGUACAUCACAACUAUUUCUAUAUAUUUAGACAUAUAUAUUUAGAUAUUCAUCUGGCCGCGAGUGUGUGUGUGUGCAUUGCAGGUUCGGUUCUAAAAAUCCAGAAAUACUUUGUACUCCAAGUAGAGGCACUGAAGGGUAAAGGAGAGGAGGGGAUGGGACCUGUUUCAUCCCACGCACCGAACGCCCAGUUAGUUAACCACUAGAGGAAGUCGUAUUUUCAAUGUCUUUGGCGCGGAUUUCGCUUUCCAAUUUGCCGCAUUUCCAAUUUCACAUUUUCCUCUUACCACUUACCACCUUUGGCCGUAAAUCAUGGCCAAUUAAGGUCCGCACCCUCGGCCAGUUAGUGCGUCAUCAAUGCCAGGUUCAGGCUCAGUUCCAUUUCCAUUUCCAAUCCGAUACCCAAUAUCGACAUCCCCCAAAAGUCUGGCGAGUGACCUCACGAGAUGCGUCAUCGUUAUUAAAGCGAAAGCGCCCAAACAAGCAAAAUUAAAUCAACAGAACAGAACCGAAACAAACAGCGGAAACUUAGGCGAUAUACAGAUAUGUAUGUAAACCCAAACCCUUGGGAACUCACAAAUAUGCAAGGCAGGGUAAAGUUAACUAGAGAUCUGGCCCACAAGAAAGCAGCAACUCUGAGAUAAACAAACUGAAAAAGAAGGAAGCAGACGAAAAAGCACAGCCAAAAUGCCCGUCUUCCACACAAAAACCAUCGAGAGCAUAUUAGAUCCUGUCGCCCAGCAGGUAUCUCGCCUGGUCAUCCUGCACGAGGAGGCCGAGGAUGGCAACGCAAUGCCCGAUCUCAGCCGGCCGGUGCAGGUGGUGUCGGCGGCGGUGGCCAAUCUGGUGAAGGUGGGCCGCGAGACGAUCAACAGCUCCGACGACAAGAUCCUGCGCCAGGACAUGCCGUCGGCAUUGCACCGCGUGGAGGGUGCCUCGCAGCUGCUGGAGGAGGCGUCCGACAUGCUCCGCUCGGAUCCGUACUCGGGUCCGGCGCGCAAGAAGCUGAUCGAGGGGAGCCGCGGCAUCCUGCAGGGCACCUCCUCGCUGCUGCUCUGCUUCGACGAGAGCGAGGUGCGCAAGAUCAUCCAGGAGUGCAAGCGGGUGCUGGACUACCUGGCCGUGGCGGAGGUGAUCAACACGAUGGAGCAGCUGGUCACGUUCCUGCGCGACCUCUCGCCCUGCCUGAGCAAGGUGCACCGGGAGGUGAGUGCCCGCGAGAAGGAGCUGACCCACCAGGUGCACAGCGAGAUCCUGGUGCGCUGUCUGGAGCAGGUGCAGACCCUGGCGCCCAUCCUCAUCUGCAGCAUGAAGGUCUACAUCCACAUUGUGGAGCAGCAGGGACGCGGCGCCGAGGAGGCGGCCGAGAACCGCAACUACCUGGCGGCCAGGAUGAGCGACGAGCUGCAGGAGAUCAUCCGGGUGCUGCAGCUGACCACCUACGACGAGGACACCAGCGAGCUGGACAACCUCACCGUGCUGAAGAAGCUCUCCAAUGCCAUCUCCAACAAGAUGGAGCUGGCCAACGAGUGGCUGUCGAAUCCCUACGCCCUGCGCGGCGGCGUGGGCGAGAAGGCGCUGCGCCAGGUGAUCGACAAUGCCGCGGAGAUCUCGGAGCGCUGUCUGCCCCAGGACUCGUAUCCCAUCCGCAAGCUGGCGGACGAGGUGACGACCAUGGCCAACACCUUGUGCGAGCUGCGGCAGGAGGGCAAGGGUCAGAGUCCGCAGGCCGAGUCGCUGGCCCGCGGCAUCCGCGACCGGCUGGGCCAGCUGCAGUCGCUGGUCCACCAGGCGGUCCUGGGCGUGGACAAGGCCGGGGUCCAGCAGACGGCCCACACCAUCCAGGGUCGCCUGGAGCAGGCCGUCAAGUGGCUGCAGCACCCGGAGAUCAACGACGGCGGCCUGGGUGAGCGGGCCAUUAACCUGAUCGUGGAGGAGGGCCGCAAGGUGGCCGAGGGCUGUCCGGGCCACCAGAAGGCCGAGAUCCAGCAGCUGUGCGAUGAGGUGGAGCGGCUCAAGCGCCAGGCGGCCGGAUCGGGGCCAGCGGCCAAGCAGGCGGCCAAGCAGCUCACCCAGAAGCUCUACGAGCUGAAGGCGGCCAUCCAGAAUGCCUUGGUCAACCGCAUUGUGCAGGACUUUAUGGACGUGAGCACGCCGCUGAAGCAGUUCACGGAGGCGGUGCUCCAGCCGGAGGGCACGCCCGGGCGCGAGCAGAACUUCAACCAGAAGUCCAACAAUCUGCAGGCCUUCAGCGACCGCGCCUCGAAGACCUCGCGCAUGGUGGCCGCCGGUGGGGCCUGCGGCAACAAGAAGAUCGCCGAGAUCCUGCUCUCCUCCGCCGCCCAGGUGGACUCGCUGACGCCCCAGCUGAUCAGCGCCGGGCGAAUCCGGAUGAACUACCCGGGCAGCAAGGCGGCUGACGAGCACUUGCAGAACCUCAAGCAGCAGUACGCAGACACGGUGCUGCGCAUGCGCACCCUCUGCGACCAGGCCACCGAUCCGGCCGACUUCAUCAAGACCUCCGAGGAGCACAUGCAGGUCUAUGCCAAGCUCUGCGAGGACGCCAUCCACGGCCGGCAGCCGCAGAAGAUGGUGGACAACACCUCGAACAUCGCCCGCCUGAUCAACCGGGUGCUGCUGGUGGCCAAGCAGGAGGCGGACAACUCGGAGGACCCCGUCUUCACGGAGCGCCUCAAUACGGCCGCCAAUCGGCUGGAGCGGUCGCUGCCCGCCAUGGUGGGGGAUGCCAAGCUGGUGGCCACCAACAUUGCCGAUCCGGCGGCGGCCGCCGCCUGGAAGAACUCCUUCCAGCGGCUCCUCGGCGAUGUGCGCGAGGUGCGGGAGGCGAUUGCCCCGCCGCAGCCGCCUCCGCUGCCCACCUCCCUGCCGCCACCCAUUCCGGAGCUGAGCGCCCUGCAUCUGUCCAAUCAGAAUGCCGAGCGUGCGCCACCUCGUCCUCCACUGCCCAGGGAGGGAUUGGCGCCGGUGCGUCCGCCGCCGCCGGAGACGGAUGACGAGGAUGAGGGCGUCUUCCGCACGAUGCCGCAUGCCAAUCAGCCGAUUUUGAUCGCCGCCCGUGGCCUGCACCAGGAGGUGCGCCAGUGGUCGUCCAAGGACAACGAGAUCAUCGCGGCCGCCAAGCGCAUGGCCAUCCUGAUGGCCCGCCUCAGCGAGCUGGUGCUCUCCGACUCGCGGGGCAGCAAGCGGGAGCUGAUCGCCACCGCCAAGAAGAUCGCCGAGGCCUCCGAGGACGUGACGCGGCUGGCCAAGGAGCUGGCCCGCCAGUGCACGGACCGCCGCAUCCGCACCAACCUGCUGCAGGUGUGCGAGCGCAUCCCCACCAUCGGCACCCAGCUGAAGAUCCUGUCCACCGUGAAGGCCACCAUGCUGGGCGCUCAGGGAUCCGACGAGGAUCGCGAGGCCACCGAGAUGCUGGUGGGCAAUGCCCAGAACCUCAUGCAGAGCGUGAAGGAGACGGUGCGCGCCGCCGAGGGAGCCAGCAUUAAGAUCCGAUCGGACCAGACCAGCAAUCGGCUGCAGUGGGUCCGCCGGCAACCCUGGUACCAGUACUAGGUGACUGGACGCAGUACUAGAUGAUGGAGAAGUGCUGGGGGCUGGGGCAAGGCCAUCUGUUCCGACCAUCCACCCAUCUGCUCCAAAUGCCACCUGCCACGUGCCUUGUGUAACAUACAUAAAGCUAAACUCUAAUCUUAAUGAUUUCUAUUUUAAAUGUUAAUCCCCUAAUAUGUUCCAUCUAAAAUUCAGUUAUGUAAGUGCCUGCCUGCAAUUAUAUUUAUUAUGUGCUACAAAAAAAAACUUAUGCUCAUGUCCCGCCCCAUUCUGUUCCCUUUUCCGUUCUCCUUCUCUAAUUUUGUUUCGAUAUUUUUAAAAUUAAUUAUUAAGCGUGCAAUAAAAACAAAAAAGCGAAAAACCAUAAAAAAAAGGAUAGAGAAGAAAGAAACUGGAAAGCAAUAUGUACAUACAAGCAAAGCAGUCUGAUUUAAGCGAAUGCAAUGUAUAUAAUAAGUGACCGACCAUAUGCAGUGGGCUUACCCUUCGAUUUUUGAUUUUAAAUCGACACCUCCUUCGUAUUUGUAGUGUACUAACAGAAGCAUUUAUCGAGACCCUCGUUAAACUUUAAAGUCCAGUUUAUGUUCGAAAUCUAACUCACUAAAACUGCGAAUACACCUGUUGUCGAAUGUGUUAAGCCCAAACAUGUAACCCAAUUACAAUGUGUGUCAUGUUCAAAAUAUAAUUGAAAUAAAUCUGAA